CAGGCGCCGCAGCGCUCGGCCGGCGCCAUGGCCCGCGGGGCGCUGCUCGGUGCCGUGGCCUGUCUGUGCUUCCUGGCCCCUGUGGCCGACGCCUUCAAGAGGAGGGGACCCAGCGUGACAGCCAAGGUGUUCUUUGAUGUGAAGAUUGGAGACAAAGAUGUUGGCAGAAUUGUAAUUGGAUUGUUUGGAAAAGUUGUCCCAAAGACUGUGGAGAACUUCAUUGCGUUGGCAACUGGAGAAAGAGGAUAUGGAUACAAAGGAAGUAAAUUUCAUCGUGUGAUCAAAGACUUCAUGAUUCAAGGAGGAGACUUUACAGCUGGAGAUGGAUCAGGAGGAAGAAGCAUCUAUGGAGAAAGAUUUCCUGAUGAGAACUUCAAGCUCAAACACUAUGGAAUUGGAUGGGUUAGCAUGGCUAAUUCUGGGCCAGACACCAAUGGAUCCCAAUUCUUCAUCAGUGUGACAAAGCCUUCCUGGUUGGAUGGAAAACACGUAGUAUUUGGCAAAGUCCUUGAUGGAAUGUCUGUGGUGCACUCGAUAGAACUCCAGCAGACAGAUGAACAUGAUCGGCCCCUUCAAGACUGUGUGAUUGUGAACAGUGGCAAAAUAGCUGUGAAGGAACCCUUUGUAGUUGAAGUUGGUGACUGGUGAGAGCAAUAGUCAGAAUGAAAAGUACAACUUAUCUUUAAUGCUGGUUUUUGACCAAUCUCACUGAUCCACCAAGUUUUCUCCUCAAAACAGCUGAGGUUACAUUUAGGCAGUACUUAUCAUUUGCCACAUACAGAAGGGAUAUGACUAUUUCUAUAAUAACUUGUUGGAGCUGCAAGACAUAUCCCACCAAAUUCUAGAUCUUGCAGAAAAAGUCUUUAAUGAAAAAUUAUAGCAGUAAUUCCAUUUUUCCAGGGUUUAAAAUACAUUAAUUUUGUUCUGUUUGGAAAUUUUAGCAAUAUUUGUUUUUGUCUUUUCAACUGAAAAUAUUUACUGUAACACUACCAGCAGUUCUAAAAACUUUAAAAAAAAGGUAAAAUAUAGAAGUGUUUUGAAUAAAUAAAGUUUGCUUUCAGAUAAA